AUGUCCUCCUCUGAGAACACGCAUACCAGCUUGCGACUUCAUGACCCUACAAAUCCGCAGAUCGAGCAACCGCACGCCUUGCAAGUCGUUGCGGGCAUGCCCCCACAAUCAAGCUUCGGAGGCUGGGUCUUCGUGCAAAACGGGGAAAGUGGACGCUUCGUCGCCUGGGGUUUCAACGUCGCGCCGGCGCUACUCGUUUGGAGCGUGCUGAUAAUCGUCCUUGGGUGGUUUCUGAUGAUCGCAUAA